AUGGCCUUCUCUUCAUGGUUUGCUCGCUCUCGCCUCUCCUCUAGAACAGCUUUCGCCUUUCUCCGGCCUUCUCGGCAGCUCCACUCGACGCCCAAGGUAGCUGCUGACUCGACAGCAAUUUCUCCGGCGAAGGGCCGCCGGAGGCUCCCGAAUUGGUGGUCGAGCUCUCUUCUCCCAUUGGCGAUAGCCGUUUCCGCCACCAGUUUCGCUUUCCAGAGCCAGUCGCAUCCUUCUAUCAGCGAAUCAUCAACGGCGGCUUUGGAUUCUGGUGAUAUAACUAUUGGCGGAAAAGAUAGCACUGAACAUGAAGUUAAAGGGGAAUACAAGGAGGUUCCUAGUGAGCUUAUUACUGAAUUGAAAACAAUCCUCGAGGAUAACUUGACAACGGACUACGAAGAGAGGUACUUCCAUGGGAAACCUCAGAACAGUUUUCACAAGGCAGUAAACAUUCCUGAUGUAGUUGUCUUCCCGAGGUCCGAAGAAGAAGUCUCUAAGAUUCUUAAAUCCUGCAAUGAAUAUAAGGUUCCUAUUGUACCGUAUGGUGGUGCUACAUCGAUCGAGGGUCAUACCCUGGCUCCAAAAGGAGGUGUAUGCAUUGACAUGUCAUUGAUGAAGAAGGUGAAAGCAUUACAUGUGGAGGAUAUGGACGUUGUAGUUGAGCCUGGAAUUGGUUGGAUGGAGCUUAAUGAACAUUUAGAACAAUACGGUCUAUUUUUUCCUCUUGAUCCAGGACCCGGUGCAACCAUAGGAGGCAUGUGCGCUACACGUUGCUCUGGCUCUUUAGCUGUAAGGUAUGGAACUAUGCGUGACAAUGUUAUAAGCCUCAAGGUGGUUCUUCCUAACGGAGAUGUUGUGAAGACAGCUUCACGUGCUAGAAAGAGUGCUGCAGGAUACGAUUUGACCCGCUUGAUUAUUGGGAGUGAGGGGACUUUGGGAGUCAUAACUGAGGUUACUCUCCGGCUUCAGAAAAUUCCACAGCAUUCAGUGGUGGCAAUGUGCAAUUUUCCUACGGUCAAGGAUGCUGCAGACGUGGCCAUUGCCACUAUGUUUUCUGGAAUACAGGUGUCAAGAGUGGAGCUCCUUGACGAGGUUCAAAUCAGGGCUCUUAAUAUGGCCAACGGGAAAAACUUGAAUGAACUUCCAACUCUGAUGUUUGAAUUCAUAGGGACAGAGGCAUAUGCACGUGAGCAGACUCAAAUUGUUCAGCAAAUUGCUUCUAAACACAAUGGAACAGACUUCGUAUUUGCAGAAGAACCUGAAGCAAAAAAGGAACUCUGGAAGAUAAGAAAGGAGGCCCUGUGGGCUUGCUUUGCGAUGGCGCCAGGUUAUGAAGCAAUGAUUACGGAUGUCUGUGUCCCUUUGUCGCACCUUGCAGAACUAAUAUCAAGUUCCAAGAAAGAGCUUGACGCAUCACAACUAUUGUGUACCGUCAUUGCGCAUGCCGGAGAUGGAAACUUUCAUACAUGUAUUAUGUUCGAUCCGAGCAUCGAAGAGCAGCGGAGAGAAGCAGAAAGAUUGAACCACUUAAUGGUUCACAGUGCACUGUCCAUGGAUGGAACGUGUACUGGCGAGCACGGUGUUGGAACAGGGAAAAUGAAGUAUCUGGAGAAGGAACUGGGGAUAGAAGCACUGCAAACUAUGAAGAGAAUCAAGAAAGCGUUGGACCCUAACGAUAUCAUGAACCCGGGAAAGCUAAUUCCUCCUCAUGUUUGUUUCUAA